AUGUUGCCGAUUCAAGUCUUGAAGGAUCAAGCUCAAGAGGAACGUGGAGAAAAUGCUCGCUUGAGCAUUUUUGUCGGAGGAAUUGCUCUCGGCGACUUGGUCAAGUCAACUUUGGGACCGAAAGGCAUGGACAAAAUUCUCAUCGCCGGCGGACCUGAUCAUCAAACAAUCAAAGUCACUAACGAUGGUGCGACGAUUUUGAAAUCGAUUGGAGUUGAUAAUCCGGCAGCCAAGGUGCUAGUUGACAUGGCGAUGACUCAAGAUAGCGAAGUUGGUGAUGGUACAACGUCAGUCACCGUGUUGGCCGCUGAACUGCUACGUGAAGCCGAGAAAUUGGUUUCUCAACGCAUUCAUCCCCAAACAAUUAUUUCCGGAUACCGCCGGGCUCUCAAGAUUGCGCAAGGCGCACUAGUGAAGAGUGCAAACGAGUCAGGAUCGCACCUUCGAGAAGAUUUGGUGAAGAUUGCUAACACUACUCUUGGGUCCAAAAUUCUAUCCCAACACAAGGAUCAAUUCUCAAAGCUAGCCGUUGAUGCUGUUUUGCGUUUAAACGGAUCCGGGAAUUUGGAGGCUAUACAAAUCAUCAAGAAGUUGGGUGGCUCGAUGAACGAGUCUUAUCUUGAUGAAGGAUUUUUGCUCGAAAAGCUGCCGGGGCACUCUCAACCACGUCGCGUUGAGAAUCCGAAAAUUUUGAUUGCCAACACGCCUAUGGAUACAGACAAAGUGAAAGUCUUUGGAACUCGUGUCAGGGUAGAGUCUGUCGCAAAAGUUGCUGAAUUGGAGGUGGCUGAGAAGCUGAAGAUGAAGGAGAAGGUUGACAAGAUUCUUUCUCACAAGUGUGAUGUCUUCAUCAAUAGGCAACUGAUUUACAACUAUCCUGAGCAACUUUUCGCUGAUGCCAAGGUUAUGGGAAUUGAGCAUGCAGAUUUCGAAGGAAUCGAACGAUUGGCUCUCGUGCUUGGUGGUGAGAUUGUGUCUACGUUCGAUACUCCCGAAAAUGUGAAGCUUGGAACUUGCGAGUUGAUAGAAGAAGUGAUGAUUGGCGAAGAUCGGCUUUUGCGCUUUAGCGGUGUUCCAUUGGGAGAAGCCUGCUCAGUUGUUUUACGUGGGGCGACUCAACAAAUUCUUGAUGAAGCAGAACGCUCGCUUCAUGAUGCUUUGUGCGUGUUGAUUACUCAUGUUAAGGAGGCAAAAACAGUGGCUGGUGCUGGCGCAAGUGAGAUUUUGAUGAGCACGGCUGUAACCGUUGAGGCACAAAAGGUGGCAGGAAAAGAAGCGUUGGCGGUCGAGGCUUUUGCUAGAGCCCUUGCUCAACUUCCUACGAUCAUCUGCGACAAUGCUGGCCUCGAUUCAGCUGAGCUUGUUACCCGUCUUCGUGCUGAACACGCCAAUGGACGCCAUAACAUGGGCAUUGAUGUUGAAAAUGGAACGGUCACUGAUGUGGUUGCUCUUGGUGUGAUUGAGUCCUUCAACGUUAAAAUGUGCAUGGUCUCUGCUGCAGCUGAGGCGGCUGAACAGAUCAUCCGAGUCGAUAACAUUAUCAAGAACGCUCCAAGGCAGCGAACCAGAGACAACCGACCAUGC